CAAGUGUCAGUAGAACCCUGCAUAUCAGCUUCAGGCUUGUGGUAAAUGAGGAGUUAAAAUGCUGCUGUAAAGCAAUUUUAUCUCUGUGUUGGGCUGAGGCUGAAACUGAGUCAUGUGUGCAUAUUUGGAUACGUCACACCCUCUUGCUGUAGUAGACAAAGAACAAAUUAGUUCCUUACCAUAAACCUCAUGCUUACAGGAUGCUUCUGGAGGACAGAUCAAUCAUUCUUUAGUCCCUUACAGAGGGGGAAAAAGCCCCCACAAAACGUCUCUUGAGAUGAACUAGCGCAGCACCAUUGUUCAGCUGGCUGGAUUUCACACACUACAAUGAAGAUACUGUUUUUCACUGGACUGCUCUCUUUUACCUCCAGUCUUUGCACUACAGCUUCAGAAUUUUCAUGGAAUGGCUCUGCAAUUAAAACAGUGUCUCUUAUCAAAACUUUUCGGGGAAUUUCAGCGAGAGACUAUGAUUACAUCCCCCCUUAUGCUAUAGAGGGGGAAACAACAACCAUCCAUAUCAGAGAAAACAAAUGCACUUCAAAAAAGUCAAACGACUCCACAUUAGCAGAAGUGAGCAACACCACGCUGGAGUACCUCACCAGCUCUCUGAGCACCCAGCUAAUACCUGCCGUCUACCUCAGUGCUCUGUUACUGGGUGUGCCUUCUAAUGCCAUCAUUCUGUGGAUGCUACUCUUCAGGAUCCGCUCCGUGUGCACCGCCGUCCUCUACACAAACCUGGCUGUCUCAGACCUGCUCUUCUGCAUCGUACUGCCCUUCAAAAUAGCCUACCAUGUCAACGGGAACAACUGGGUGUUUGGGGAGACCAUGUGUCGGGCGGCCACGGCGGUGUUUUACGGCAACAUGUACUGCUCCAUUCUGCUGCUCACGUGCAUCAGCGUCACCCGCUACCUGGCCAUCGUCCACCCCUUCACCUACAAGAGCCUCCCGAAGCGCGCCUACGCCAUCGCAGCCUGCGCCGCCGUCUGGGCCGCCGUCUUCCUCUACAUGCUCCCGCUCGCCAUCAUGCAGCAAAGCUAUUACGUGAAGCAGCUGGACAUUUAUACCUGCCACGACGUGCACAGCGCCUGCGAAACUGUGUCCUCCUUCCAGUUCUACUACUACGGGUCCUUGGCUGUAUUUGGGUUUUUAAUACCGCUCGCAACUAUCGUGUUCUGCUAUGUCUCGAUUAUACGAACACUCAAGACUCAUGAAUGGUUCUGGUAUGUCAAAGUCAGUCUUUUGAUUCUUACCAUCUUUGCUAUUUGCUUUGUGCCAAGCAAUAUUAUCCUUAUUAUCCAUCACAUCAACUAUUACUAUUACAACACAGAUAGGCUGUAUUCUUUUUAUCUAAUUGCUUUAUGUCUUAGCAGCCUAAACAGCUGUCUUGAUCCUUUCCUUUAUUUUCUGAUGUCAAAAAUUAGGAGUCAAUCCAAUAUUUAUCUGACAAUGGUUAAAAUAUCCAGGGAAAAAUGAAUUUAUUUCUAUUACUGGAAUUAUGGCUUUGUACAGUACUAACACAGACAGCAACAAAUCUCAGGUGCGACAUUUAUACUUCAAGUAAAAUGGGACAGAAAACACAAUUUCAGUUAAAUUUACUUCCUUCCACACAAGGAAUAUCUCCAAAAAGUCACUCUCCAGCUCUAUAACUUUAUUACAUGUGUUGCAACACCUGUGUACCUAGAUUCAGGGAAGCAGCUCUGCACCUCCAUUUCCUUCUGAGAUCGCUUUCUGGCCAUGGAGAAGCUGCCAGAUUAUCAGGCACCCCAGCUUCUAAAUAUCAGAAGAGGAG